AACAGAAAUUUUGAUUUAAAGCAAACUGCUGUCACUUUUUUGUUACAAUUCAGUAAAGUCUCUCGAGAAGAGCAUGUUUUCUAAAUAAGAAAAUCCCAGAUUUUCCUUUUUCUUCCUGUGAAUGUGGAUUUUUAGUGACAAAACAAGAUGGUCUUAGCAGAUUUAGGACGAAAAAUCACUUCAGCACUUCAAUCGCUGAGUAAGGCGACUGUAAUCAAUGAAGAAGUGCUGAAUUCUAUGCUGAAGGAGAUCUGUGCAGCUCUCCUGGAAGCCGAUGUCAAUAUAAUGCUGGUGAAGAAGUUGCGGGAGAAUGUAAGGGCAGUGAUUGACUUUGAUGAGAUGGCUGGAGGGCUGAAUAAGAGGCGAAUGAUCCAGUCGGCAGUGUUCAAGGAGUUGGUAAAAUUGGUGGAUCCGGGUGUCAAGCCCUAUCAGCCUGUUAAGGCACGUCCCAACAUCAUAAUGUUUGUGGGUCUCCAAGGUUCCGGGAAGACCACUACAUGCACAAAAUUGGCCUAUCACUACCAAAAGAAGAACUGGAAAUCCUGCCUCGUUUGUGCCGACACAUUCCGUGCCGGAGCCUAUGAUCAGAUCAAGCAAAAUGCAACCAAGGCUCGAAUUCCCUUCUAUGGCAGCUACACAGAAGUCGAUCCCGUGGUCAUAGCUCAAGAUGGUGUUGAGAUGUUCAAAAAAGAGGGCUUUGAGAUGAUCAUCGUGGACACUAGUGGACGACACAAGCAGGAGGAGUCUCUCUUUGAGGAGAUGUUGGCAGUUGCCACAGCCAUUCAACCCGAUAACAUCAUAUUCGUGAUGGACGCCACAAUUGGUCAGGCUUGCGAGGCUCAAGCCAGGGCAUUCAAAGAAAAAGUUGAUAUUGGAUCCGUGAUCAUCACCAAGCUCGAUGGCCAUGCAAAAGGAGGUGGAGCACUUUCUGCUGUUGCUGCCACAAACAGUCCAAUUAUUUUUAUCGGUACUGGAGAACACAUUGAUGAUCUAGAACCCUUCAAAACAAAGCCAUUUGUUAGCAAACUUCUGGGCAUGGGUGAUAUUGAGGGUUUGAUCGACAAGGUAAAUGAGCUGAAGUUGGAUGACAAUGAAGAGCUGCUGGAAAAGAUUAAACACGGUCAAUUCACCAUUCGGGACAUGUACGAGCAAUUCCAGAACAUCAUGAAGAUGGGACCUUUUUCGCAGAUUAUGGGCAUGAUUCCUGGUUUUUCGCAGGAUUUUAUGACAAAAGGUGGAGAGCAGGAAUCAAUGGCAAGGAUAAAGCGUCUCAUGACUAUGAUGGACAGCAUGUCCGAUGGUGAACUUGACAAUCGAGAUGGUGCCAAGUUAUUCAGUAAGCAACACACAAGGGUUGUACGUGUGGCCCAAGGAUCUGGUGUUACUGAGAGGGAAGUGAAGGAACUGAUAGCGCAAUAUACCAAGUUUGCGGCUGUGGUGAAGAAAAUGGGAGGUAUUAAGGGGCUUUUUAAGGGUGGUGAUAUGGCUAAAAAUGUCAAUCCCACGCAAAUGGCCAAACUUAAUCAACAGAUGGCUAAGAUGAUCGAUCCAAGAAUGCUUCAACAGAUGGGAGGAAUGUCAGGACUCCAGAGUAUGAUGAGGCAGCUGCAACAGGGCGCUGCUGGUGGUUUAAGUAAUCUAAUGGGCGGUUUCGGGAAAUCAUAAUUGUUUUCUACCAAAAGAAAUAUUAAAGAAAUCGAUUGAAAUAAAAUAAGUGGUAAGAUAUUCGAAA